AUGGCCGAUACUGGCAGGUUUCAGGAGCUGUCUCCCUCUAAACUUCAAGAGAUAUUAGACAAUGCUAUCCCAGAAAAAACGAAGAAAGCCACAAAGUUCGGCAUGAACAUAUUUAAUGAAUGGCUGUCAAGUCCUGUUGCCACAAAAUUUUCGAAACGAAUUGAAGACAUGUCCAAAGAGGAGCUAAAUGAAUGCCUUAAAUGUUUCUACACCUCCGCAAGGAAGAAAGACGGGAGGUAUUACAAAAACACAUCCAUGAAGUCCAUUCGAGCCGCCAUAGAUCGCUUUCUUCGCUCGCCACCAAACAACAAGCCUUUUUCUAUCAUCUCCGACGCUGUGUUUACCGAAGCCAAUAAAGUUUUGGAUGCCUUUGUAAAGGAUCUCAGAAAGACGGGUAAAAUAGCUGGAGUUGUCCAUAAGAAAGCAGUGUCAAAAGAUCAAAUCCAGAGGCUCUUUGAAAGCGGCGAACUUGGGCCGGCCGACAGUCAAAAUCCAGCCCAACUGCAGAGAACGGCAUGGUUUUAUCUCACCCUUUUCUUCGGACGACGAGGAAGAGAAAAUCAGCGGCAGUUGAACCCUGGAAUGCUCUCCCUAAGAACAACGCCUAGAGGUGUCGAGUAUUUUGAGUUAAACAGACGACAGCCUGGUUCACUGCGCAGCACAAAAAAUCAUCAAGGCGGCCUUGGAGACUCUGAGGAUGAAUCCGACGCGAAGAUCUUUGCCGUUGCUGGUUCUCAGAGGUGCCCAGUGAAAACAAUCAAAAACUACCUACAUCACCUGAACCCGAGUUCCGAAGCUCUUUUCCAAAAACCAAGAGACGGCCAAAGUCAGAAAUUCAGUCCAACAGAUGACAAAAUCUGGUAUUGCAACUCGCCGGUUGGCUCGAGCAUGCUGGACAACAUGUUGAAAAAUAUGAGCAGGCGAGCUGGCAUAGAGCCCCAUCUAACCAACCACUGCCUCAGGGCGACAGCAGUUACAGUUCUGUCUGACCAUAACUGUGAAACCAGACACAUAAAGUCUGUUACGGGACACAGAUCAGACCAGGCGGUGGAAUCGUACAAUGAUCGCCCAUCCAUAGAACAGCAAAAGAAGAUGUCGCACGUUCUCAGUGAUUUUGUCUCAGCCGGAGCCUCUGAAGCUUCCCCAUGCACUGGUAUCUCUGCAGCUGAGAAAGAAAACCAAUGCCACGGCCAGCAAGAACGGCAACCUCAAAGUGAAGGGACAGUUUUAGUCCAAAAUCAGUUCGUAAACACCGAGGUUCGGCAAAGCGAGCGAAGAAGCUUUCCGCAGGUUUUCUUCAACUGCAAUGUCCAAGUUCACAACUACUACGGAGGCGGAGAAUCAGGAAAAUCUUCCUGA